ACGGUUAGGCCCACGUACCCUCCGCCGUGCCGCGUGCGUGUGAGCCCUAGAAGGAUCGGCACCUUCUUGUGGCCACCCAACCCACCCUCGCGUUCCCCCCACAUCUCGUCGCUCGUCGUUUCCCCCAAUCCGCUCGCCUCGCCUCUCCUCAACCGCCGCUCCGCCCCCCGCGCCGCCUCCUGCUCCGGCUCCGGCGAGAUGUCUCGCUUCGGGCGCUCCGGCCCGCCGCCGAUCCGCGACACCUACUCCCUCCUCGUCCUCAACAUCACCUUCCGUACGACGGCCGAUGACCUUUUCCCGCUCUUCGACAAGUACGGCGAGGUCGUCGACAUCUACAUCCCCAGGGACCGCAGGACUGGCGACUCGCGAGGGUUUGCCUUUGUGAGGUACAAGUAUGAGGACGAGGCCCAGAAGGCAGUUGAUCGCCUGGACGGGAGGUUGGUGGACGGGAGGGAGAUGAUGGUGCAGUUUGCCAAGUACGGCCCAAAUGCUGAGCGGAUUCAGAAAGGGCGAAUCAUGGAAACGGUCCCGAAGCCAAGGGGUCGUUCCAGAAGCCGCAGUCCAAGACGGGGGUACCGUGAUGAUCAUCGGGGCAGAGAUUCUAGAAGGCGAAGUCGGAGUCGGAGUGGAGAUAGAUAUGGACGUGACAGGUACAGAGAGAGGGAUCAUCAUCGUCGUAGCAGGAGUCGUAGCACUAGCCCUGAUGAUUACAAGAGGCGUGGCAGAGACAGAAGUCCUAGUCGUAGCAGGAGCCGCAGCUACAGCCCUGAUGAUGACAGGAAGGGUGGCAGAGACAGUUUGUCGCCUGCACGCAGAAGCACUAGUCGCUCCCCUCGCAAGACACCACCUCCUCGCGAGGGGUCUCCUGCUAAGCGCAAUGAUGAUCGAUCUCCUGCUAAGCGCAAUGAUGACCGUUCUCCUGUUAGGCGCAAUGAUGACCGUUCUCCUGUUAGGCGCAAUGAUGACCGUUCUCCUGUUAGGCGCAAUGAUGACCGGUCUCCAGACUCUCGUAGCCCUUCAACAUGAGCUGAAUGUCAAACAACUGAGGAUCAAUGGAACAUAGCUGCUCAUAUCGGAGGCUGUUCAGUUGCUUUAUCAUGAACAAUCUGCAGUUACAAAUUAAAAAUGUUAUGGUGCUUGACAUCAGUGACUACUUCAAGCUACAGAUGCUGCUUUGUGGAUGUCUGGAUACUUGUUAGAACUAUAUGUACUACUUCACCUUCUUCCCAUUCAAUCUUGUCUAUUAGCACUAAGUAUUACUAUUUCCUUUCCAGUGUUGGGCACUUACUAUAAAUGGUAAUUUGCACCUUUCUAGUUA